CACAAGGAAAAUAGGACUAAAAUUAGGCCCUGGUGUUGUGAUGUGGCUCAGGCCGCUGCGACCCGCGGUUUGAAAUCCCCGCCGUCGGCUCGGCUCACCGAAAUGGCCCGCCCUAUCACAUGAGGUGUUGAUCUUGGAGUUUCCACUUGCGCCGUACUAUCUCUCUCCAUCCCCCCUUCACAGCACGUAUUUUUCCUACUUCCAAUGAGUUCUGCCGAUUUGCCACAGACCGACCCGCAGCAGCGGUGGAAGGGCUCAUGGCAGGAUGCCAAAACGCGGCUGCUCAGCAACACACAGCGCACGGCCCUGCACGUAGUGCCGCGGACAGCGCGCGUCAGCAAGUUGGACGCCGAUCUCCUUGACGACGAGCUGACCGAGAUGCUGCGGGAGCCGGUGACGCACGCCCUGUCACUAGUGCAGCCGGGCAUGAUGGACAGCUGGAAGCUGGAAAUCGACACUGCAAUCAAGGCGAUUCUGUUCUGGCUAUCUGUGGGAUCGCACCGGCGGGCCACAUAUGGUCAGACAUUGCAGAACUUGACGUACAAAGUGCAGGGGCGCAAUUUCCACCAGCGGUUGCACAUGUUUGGAAUUCUGUCGAUCGGUGGUGGGUACCUGUGGACGCGCCUACUGCGCCACCUAUCAUUGCGCGGCUGGGCGGACGCGCCCGCUGGCAGCAUGCGCGCGCGGCUCUGGGCACUCGUGGACCGGCUGGAGCGCCUGUUCAAGAUUGUAACGCUGGUGAAUUUCCUGGCGUUCAUCUCGACGGGCCAGUACAAGACCGUGGUGGAGCGCCUGCUGGGGCUGGGGCUGGUGUAUGCGCGCCCGCAAAUGUCGCAUUCGGUGUCGUUUGAGUUCCUGAACCGCCAGAUGGUGUGGCAUGCGUUUACCGAGUUCGUCAUGUUUGCUCUACCGCUGGUCAAUCCGGCCAGAGCGCGCGCCUGGAUGGUGCGCAAUGUGCGCGCGGCGCUGCAUCUGCCAGCUGCCAGCGUGGAUCCUGCAGUGGCUGCACUGCCCGAGCACAUUUGCGCGAUCUGUUUCACACAGACUGACGAGGCGCAGCAGCAGGGCAGUGCUGAGGAUGCGAACCAUAUAAUCAACCCGUAUGUGACCGAGUGCGGCCAUAUGUACUGCUAUGUGUGCAUCCGGACCAAGAUCAUGGCCGAGGGCGAUGAGUGCUGCUGUCUGCGGUGCGGAUCGCAGGUCAAGCAGGUGUGCCAGCACGUCGAACAGUAAUAUGUUGUACUAGUAUUUCUCUUCUUUUUUCUUCCGCGUCACAUACAAAAACACAUGGUUGCAAG